CAAAGCCAAAAUGAAAUUGAUAAUACUUGUCACCAUUGAGCUAAUUUUGCUGCUAGGAGUCCAAGCCAUGCCUUCAAAUCGCCUGUCAUGCUACAGAAAGACACUGAUAGAUCGCAACUGUCACAACCUUCCAGAAGGAGUAGCUGACCUGACACAGAUUGACAUAAAUAUCCAGGAUCAUUUCUGGGAUGGGAAGGGAUGUGAGAUGAUCUGUUACUGCAAUUUCAGCGAAUUGCUCUGCUGCCCAAAAGAUGUCUUCUUUGGACCAAAGAUCUCUUUUGUCAUCCCUUGCAACAAUCACUGAGAAUCUUCAUGUGUUCCCGAACACCAUCCCUAAUUUCUCACAAGCUAUACUACAUCAGCAUAACUGCAUCUCUGAUUUCUGUCUAGUAUAAUAAAGCACAGAUUCCAUAAAGCCUUACUCAUCCAAGACAAGUAACCCUGUAUGAAAUAAGCAAUAAAAAUUAAUUCAUUAAUUUUUCUCUGUGGUCAUUCACAGCACUGAUCAAAAUUUUUCCUUAGAGAAUUUUCAUUUAUGAGGUAUUCACCCCACUCAGCA